AUGGGCAUAGUUAUUAAAGAAUAUUAUACUUAUUCUGGUUCCUCCAGCAUCACCACCAUGAAGAAAGUGGUUGAACAGCUCUGGCUGGAACCUCGGCUCAAUGAUGUGAAGGUUUCCCAAGCAGUUGCAGAUGGGAAACAAUUCUGUCCACAGAAUGCUUCACAUGACCCCCUGGGGACUGGAGUAUUUUCAAAAGUGAAUCUUUUCAGACCCCAGAAAGUCUGUACCUUUUUGUAG